AAAAAAAUGGGUUUCCUUAAGAGCAAUUUCCAGUAACCAAGCAGAGCAUAGACCACUGCACAAAGAUUUCGCGGGAGCGGGGCGGAGUAACGAGGGGCAAAUGGAGAAGGUUUCUCCGCAGCUGCAAGGCGAACCAUGGAGAGUCCUUGAAUUCUACAGCGGCAUUGGUGGCAUGAGGUACUCGCUACUGAGUGCUGGCGUCGAUGCGAAAGUGGUACAAGCUUUCGAUAUCAACGACAAAGCAAACGACGUUUACGAGCACAAUUUCGGCGAUCGUCCGUAUCAGGGUAAUAUUGAAAGUCUGACUGCUGCUGAUAUCGACAGCUACCAAGCUCAUGUUUGGCUUCUUUCACCUCCUUGCCAACCGUAUACACGACAAGGUCUACAAAAGCAUUCUGGCGAUGCUCGGGCAUUUUCAUUCCUCAAAAUUCUUGAGUUGAUGCUACAAACAUCAAGGCCACCAGUAAUGUUAUUCAUGGAAAACGUUGUUGGAUUUGAGACAUCUGACACACAUACAAAAAUGAUUGAGAUAUUGGAAAAAGCUGAUUUUUCUAGACAGGAGUUUAUUUUAAGCCCAAUGCAAUUUGGUGUUCCAUAUUCUAGGCCACGAUACUUCUGCCUGGCUAAAAGGAGGCCUUUAUCCUUUCACAGGCUAUUAUACAAUAAUCAACUUCUGUGGUCUCCAAGCCCAUUACUUGAGAAUGAUGUUGACAUAGAAACCAUUGAAAAUCAUGGAUCACAAGCGACUUCUGAUAAGUUGCUGCUCUCUUGUGAACCAAUAUGUAGGUUUCUUGAUCAUUCCAGCCAUCACAGUGAAUUUAGUUUUUCUGAUGCCAGUAGUAUUCAAAGAGAGGGUGCAUUGGAGAAAACCAAGGAUACAGAUGAGCAAGGAUCUUUUGAUCAGUAUCUCGUCCCAUCCAGUUUGAUAGACAGAUGGGGCAGUGCUAUGGAUAUUGUGUAUCCUGAUUCAAGGCGAUGCUGCUGUUUCACAAAAAGCUACUACCGAUAUGUGAAGGGUACUGGUUCACUUUUGGCACCUUUUGAGGAAGAAAAGAUGGGCAAGGCUCAUUCUCUGAAAGAACAGAAGCUCAGAUAUUUUACUCCUAGAGAGGUUGCUAACUUGCAUUCCUUUCCAGAAGAUUUUCAAUUUCCACAGCAUAUCGGUCUUCGGCAAUGUUAUGCUUUGCUGGGGAACAGCCUGAGCAUUGCUGUUGUUGCUCCCUUACUCAGAUAUCUCUUCGCAGAGCCACCUUGAUACCCUUUACGUGCUCCACAAUGCUUCAUGCAGUUUUUUUUUCCCAGCCAAAGAGCACAUAAACAACAACGUAAUGGAACAGUGCCUCAAUAGUUCAGCUUAUAAUCUGCAUGGUUUUCAAACGAAGAGACCGACAACGAAGUAUGCAUUUUUCUUUGGCUCCUGAUUUUUUUUUAAAAUUUUAAUUUUAUAAUUAGAUCAUGUACUCAAAAUACAAUUUUACCCGAUGGAGAAUUCUUGAUGGUGUGAUUUUUUA